ACAAACAUCACAGACUACGCUUUUAAUCAGCAAACUUGUAAGCACAUGUGCACUUAUGUUUAUCUUUUCGUUUGUUUAACUUGUGUAUUUUUCUCUUUACUUCUGUUGCAGUUGUGGGCAAUCUAGUCUAGCAACAUAUUUCACAUGACAAUGCUCGCGACGCACCGUCACAUGUGUUUUUAUCUUAUGCGAGUUUCCGCCUACAUGCGCCAGUUCGACUUCGACUUCUCUUUCGGCGCUCUUCUGUUUACCUUGACGCUCACACGCACCAUUCAAGAGCACCCAAACCGCGAUUCUUCCUCUCAGAGAUAUGGAUGAAGAGGCUCAGGACAGCGAGUGCCCGGUCUGUUACGAGAGUCUGUCGGACAGUGUCAGGACGCUCAGCUGCGGGCACCGUUUCUGCCACGACUGCCUCGUACGAACCCUGCUGAAUGCCAACCUGAAAGGAUCUAAUCAACGGGACAAUAUCGUCUGUCCGGUCUGUAGACACAUUACAUUCAUCGCGAAGCUCCACGGAUUCACAGCCUCAGUUGCCGAAGCCAAAAACACUGGGAAGACUUUAGCGGUGCCAUCUGUGUCCACCACCACUGUGUUGUCUGGGAAUGCUGGGAGAUCACGAGGUUUUGCUUGUAUCUCUGCGUGUUUUAGGAAGAUCACAUGCAGACUGUGUAGAAGAAGGCUCAUCUGUCCUAAAGACUCUUCUGAUGUGUUCAUUAUAAGUGAGGCUGGUCGACCCAUGAAAGAAAGUGAUGUCAUAGGCAUGGGAACAACAUCAGCCAUGCAUCACAACUACAGCCGAGCACCCAGAUUUUGCACAAUCUCCUGUUGUCUUCUCAUCUUAAUGAUCACUUUCACAUUACUGGCUUUGGUGGUGGCCACGCUUCCAUGGGUUCUCUUAGCUUGAACAGUGGGGCAUUUUCGCAGAUAUGACCACUUCAACUGGAUUAAUGUGGUACACUUUGAAACCAGUCUUGGUUUUUGUGAAAUUACUGGUUUCACAAGUCACAGAAGGCUGAAUAACAGAGGGUUUCUGAUGUGAUGUACAAAGCAACCGAGGAACUCAAAUGUCAUCUGAGCCCAACGCGACUCAUCUAUCAGAAGACCAUUUAAACUUGCGAAGAUGAGCUGGUCACCUGCUCGUCACUUGUUCUCAGAGAAACCAUUGUGAGAUUCAGUUUCAUCUCCCAUGGAUGUGGAGUUUGAGACUGGGGAAGGGUGGCUUUCCAGUGAACCUGUUUUAUUGCAUUGUUAGGAAUAAUACACACCCUUUCUCAAGAAAGUCUUGUCACACAGGCUGACAAACAUCUUCAGACUUGAAAUGACUGAUUGGUUUACCUCACAUUCUGAUUAACUUGAUAAUCAUACCAGAUUGAGAUGUGCAUCAGUGUUUUCUCACUGUACGUCUAAACCUUUAGGAAUCUGCUCUGUACAUUUAUACCAGACAUUCUCCCCAUUGGCCAGUGCUCUGUUUACUAAAAGAAAAUGUUUUGGCUUUGUGUUUUCAGGAGAAUUUCAAUGGAUUAACUCAUGUGUGUGUCACGUGUUUCUUUUGAGAUUUAGGCAAUUGUCGACAGAGUAUAGUGUAAAAAAAUGAUGUGAGUGAGAAAGAUAGAUACAUUUAUAUACGAAAAAAGGAAUGUGAAACAUUUGAGUUCAAACAAAUAUCUGACAUUGAGUGCUUUAAUGCUUUUCUUACUCGUAAAAUUAGCUUUGUGUCAUUUUUAUUGUUGGCUUUUAAAUCAAUAGUCCACCUUCAAAAAUUAAAAUUCUGUCAUCAUUUA